UACUUAUCAAAUUGGCAUUUGGCGCUAAUGCUCUUUUUAUUUACCAAUCUGGUCAAUUGGGCUUAGAAUAAGUCAUUCAUUAAUUAACAAUGCUUAGUGUUACAUCAUUUUAUAUAACUACUCCACCAAUUUAAUUAGACAAUUAUUAAUUUUUGUAGUAAAAGCAAAAGCAACCAAAGCCUUACAUAUAACAAAUUCCCAGCACAUCCCCUGCAUUUUAAACUUGGAAUAUCACAAUUUCCAAUUUCGGACUACUAUCUCUUUUAAAUUUUUUUAGGAUCAAAUUAAGCAAGAUAUAAGACAAACUAAACCUUCAUUGCUACUUCUCUACUGCUUUUACUCUAUUCAAAUAUAUAAAAAGAGAGUUAAGAGGGAUUUUUUUAAAGAAAGAACUCGAAAUCAGAGCAAAUGAAGUGGCAAAAGGAGAAACUAGAUGUGAUCCUGGUACCAGCAGGGCUAUUCAUGAUGUUUGGUUACCAUAUCUUCUUGCUAUAUAAAUACCUCAGGAAUUCGAGGUGUACCGUACUCGGCUUUCAUAACCAUUGCCAAAAAGCAUGGGUCAAGAAGCUUAUGCAGAUUGAUGCAAUGAGUAGAGGUCCGGCGUUUACAGUAAUGAACAGCACAAUAGUAGCAGCAAAUUUCAUGGCAUCCACUUCUUUAACCUUAAGCUCUUUGAUUGGCGCAUGGAUUGGAAGCUCCUCAAGAAAUGAAGCAGUCGGAAGACUAAUUUAUGGAGAUACAAGACAGUCAAUCACUUCAAUAAAAUACAUCAGCAUCCUCUUGUUUUUCUUACUUGCUUUCGCGUCUUUCAUCCAAUCUUCUAGGUGUUAUGUGCACGCCAAUCUCCUCUUGAGUAUGCCUAAGGCCGUUGUCCCUGAAGACUUUGUUGUCGAGGACUUAAUUCAUGGUGCAAAUUUCUGGCAGGUUGGCUUAAGGGCGAUAUACUUUGCUAUAACAAUGUUAAUGUGGAUAUUCGGUCCAAUUCCUAUGUUUCUUUCAUCAGCUGCAAUGGUGGCAGUUUUGUACGUUCUUGAUGUGAAUACUAAACACUUACAUGAUUUUAACGAGUCGAGCGAGAAAGAAGAGGGAAAGGAAGCUGUAAUAAGGCGUUUCGAGAAUCAUGAAAUGGCUAAUGGUAGUUGUGAACUCCAUGCUACUACAAUUAACACAGCAGUUCUGCCUUCUGUUGUUGCUUGCUUAUAAAUAAAAUAAACUUUGUCCCAUGUUACAUUUCAAUAAUAGGCUGUUUUAGAAUAAAAUGGCACAUUCCAAUUA